AUGCGGCUCCUCGGGCGAGAGCACGCAGUGCGCAGGACGCCAGAUGGAGACGGCGCCUGCGCAGUGCUGCCGGGCCGCGGCGCUGGGCGUCGCGCGGGCGGUGAGGCGGCCACACCUGGCAGGCGCGAGCCUGAGGAGGAGGCGCGCUCGGAGUUGCUUCAGUGGGACCUAUGGCUGCGGCCCAACGACGCAAAAAUCGUGAGGGAGCCCCAGUUGCUUAUCCGCCUGCAGCUGACCCAGGACCGCGAGGCUCGCCAGUGGCGAGGUGACCAACCCCAGCCCGAGGUCUGCGCCGCCUUCCAGGGCAUUGUACAGGAGCUCCUGCAGCUCCCCAACAUUUUCGACUUCAAUUUAGCCACGUUCAACCUGGCCUUGACCAUCUUCAGCCGCCUCGUGGCUUCAGGAAAGGUGAAGGAGAAGUUACUCCACAUUGCAGCUGUUGCUUCCCUGAGACUGGCUGUGAAAGUUGAGGAGGAGGACGAGUUAGUUCCACAGGUGAAAGACUUCAUAGAGCACUACGGCCCUGCCUACAGCCCAAAUGAGCUGCUGAGGAUGGAGCUGACCAUUCUGGACAAACUGCAUUGGGACCUGUAUCUUGCGACGCCACUGGACUUUUUGACUAUAUUCCACGGCCUGAUUGUCGUGAGCUGGCCCCAGGAGCAGAUGCUGCAGCUUCAGAGGAAUCCUUCCCUCCACGUCGCAUCCCUGACCAAGCAGCUGCAGCACUGUAUGGCGGGCCACCAGCUGCUGCAGUUCAAGGGCUCCACACUGGCCUUGGUCAUCAUCACCUUAGAGCUGGACAAGCUCAUGCCCGACUGCUGCGCUCCUACAUCUGAUCUGCUGAAGAAAGCACAGGUCAACAUGGAGCAGUACAUGUCCUGCAAGGAACUCGUCAGACAGCAGCUGAGGACUCUGUAG